AUGCUGAUGCCGUACAAUGCCGGGUGGUCAUUGCCUUAUCUACCUCAACACCUCGAUCAAAACCAAGAAGAUCAUCAUCAAAGUUUGAGGAAUGGGGCAAUUCCAGUGCAUUAUAUUGGAGAGAAAGUUGUUACUCAUGAUCAGAGUACGAUUGAUGAAACAAUGUCUUAUGACAAUCAAUCUAUGAUGGUGUCUAUGAUGCCAAAACUUUUUGAGAUCAUUGAAGGAAAUGUUUGCCGCAUGCCACCUUCAUCUGAAUCACAGAACACAGUUCACGACCCACUCGCUAGACUUUCAAGUCUCCCAUCUGGGCCGUAUCCAGUACAUGAAGUGGCAACCAGUCAAUUGGAGUCCAUCGAUGCAAUCAUGUUGUCGUCGUCGUCAUCACCAUUUUCAAGUAGUCAAUUUGUUGCAAACCCCCAUCUUCCUUCUAGCUGGGAUGCCUAG